AUCGCUACUAAUGAGACUUCUAUUAAUGAUUUUACCACACCCAAGAUGUCUACCACUGUGCAUGUAACCACUGCCACCACCAAGAUGGCCACUGCCACUUCUAACAUGGAAACUGCCACAUCCAAGAUGGCUUCUUCAGGAUUCAAAACCAUGACCUACAAUCCUAAUAUGCCACUUGAAAUGGCAGAGGAUUUACUACCUUCUGCUG